GCACCAAACACACGUGAGGCUGGACUGGAGUCAGUUGAACUUACCGCGGUAUGGAACAAGAUACCUUCAUUUCAUCAAUGACACGGGCAGGACGACGACACCUCAACUUUCUUAACGUGUUAUGAGAUCAUAUAAUGACAAAAGAGUAACUAAACUAACAGGACAAGGUCUAAAACAGUGUCGGAGAAGCGCCAGAGAACGCACAAGAGGCUUCCACACUCUUCCAUUGUGUUGGCUCAAAGGAUGUUCGUCUUCAUGCUCUGCCUGUGGUUUUGGUUCUGGCUGUCAUCCAUUCACGGUUUGGAGUUUCGCUAUCAUAACAGCGUGGAAAUGGAGCAGUACUUGAAAGACAUCAACAAGACGUUUCCAGAUAUCACGCAUCUACACAGUAUCGGCCAGUCCGUCGAAGGAAGAGAACUCUGGGUCUUAAUACUGGGUCAACAUCCCAGAGAACACAGAACUGGCAUCCCGGAAUUCAAAUAUGUGGGCAAUAUGCACGGAAACGAGGCUGUGAGCCGUGUGUUACUGCUUCAGUUGAUUGAUUAUCUGACCAGCCGUUACCGAAGUGAUCCAUUGGUGACACGAUUGUUGAACAGCAGUCGUGUGCACAUCCUGCCAUCCAUGAACCCAGACGGCUUUGAGUCAUCUGCCCGGGAUUGCAUUUAUACAGUAGGCCGGUAUAAUAAGAACGGGGUGGACCUGAAUCGUAAUUUUCCGGACGCAUUCGCGGGUAAUACCGAGCAUGAAAGGGAGAAGGAGGUCAGGGCCAUGAUGGACUGGCUAAAGACAGAAAGUUUUGUCCUCUCGGCCAAUCUACACGGAGGAGCAGUGGUGGCCAGCUAUCCCUACGACAACAGCAAUGGAGGAAGCGAGCUUCAGGAAGGUUACAGCAUCUCCCCCGACGACGAUGUGUUUGUCCAACUGGCAAAGACCUACUCCUACAGCCACAGUGAAAUGCACAACGGAAAUGGCUGUUAUGGUUCGCAAGACUUCACCAACGGCAUCACUAACGGAUAUUACUGGUAUCCUCUACAAGGUGGAAUGCAAGACUAUAACUAUGUGUGGGCACAGUGUUUAGAGCUCACACUGGAAAUCUCUUGCUGCAAAUUUCCUCCAGAGGCACAGCUUCCCGGCCUAUGGGAGGCCAACAAACCUGCACUACUGGCUUACAUACAGCAAGUACACCUAGGGGUGAAAGGAGUAGUGAUGGACUCGUACGGGAUGCCUGCCGGAAAUGCUGUAGUGGAGGUAGCGGGGAGAAGAAACCUUUGUCCAUUCAGGACGGAUCAUAACGGGGAAUACUACAGACUUUUGCUGCCCGGCAACUACACCAUCAAAGUGACGUACACAGGACACAAGACCCUCACGCAGACCAUUCAAGUGCCGUAUGGUCCAGACACAUUCUCCGCCCUCACACAAAACUUCUUUCUUCAAAAGAGUGACUACAGCUCAAAAGCAACACAACUACCCCUGUCCUGCACCACCGCCAACCUGGGAAUCCCACAGAGCGACAGUGCCACCCUGCUGCCCAGUGUGUUCACUACACUUACCUUAUUACUCCUCCUGCUGUCCUGAGGGAGAAGACUCUUGAUCAUCAGGGACAUGCUCAUUUUAUAUUUUCAUUCAAAAAUUAUUUUAAUCUUUUGUACAAAAUCAUAAUAUAUAUACACAAUUAGUUUCAACAUUGGGAGCAUUUCAAGAAUAUCCGCAACCCACUGAGGUCGUGAUGAGUCUUUAGAGCGGUUACCAAUUUUUUGACCAAAAACCUCAACUGCAUUACAUUUUUAAACUCCCUAUGUUUCACUUAUAAUUGUCUAAUUUUUAAAUAUGCCUACAUG